AUGGCCGACGACAGCUCCAGCGGUACGACAACGCAAUACUACGAGCCUGACCCGGAAUCGUACGUGCAGUUCCAGCGUGAGAUCUACGCCAGUCUACGAAAGCCCAAGUACUCGACUAAGCCCCACGAGUGGGAGGCAGCGGCGCGCAAUGCCAUUCCCUUGUCUAAUUUCCUCUACGUCUUCGGUGCGGCCAGCAGCGAGAGCACCCAUGCAGCUAACCGCUCGGCGUUUGAGCGUUACCGCCUGCGACCCAGCAUGCUCGUGCAAGCAACGGUGCGCAACCUAUCCACGGAGCUGUUUGGGAAGACUUACAAGAGCCCAUUGCUGAUCGCUCCCAUCGGCGUGCAAGAGAUAGUCCAUCAAGACGGCGAGGAGGCAACAGCACGAGCGGCCAGAGCAGCGAAGGUGCCCAUGAUUCUCUCGACGGCCGCAACACGCAGCAUCGAACAGGUGGCCAAAGCGAACGGAGACGGCGAUCGCUGGUUCCAGCUCUACUGGCCGAAGCCGCAGGCCGAAGAAUUCACAGCGUCGCUGCUCUGUCGCGCAAAAGCGAACGGGUUCAGCGUGCUGGUUGUAACGCUCGACACAUUCCAGAUUGGCUGGCGACCCAGCGAUCUCGAUGAGUCGUAUCUCCCUUUCAUCUGGGGCCAGGGCUGUCAGAUCGGGUUCAGCGACCCCGUCUUCCAGCGCAUGUACGCCAAGAUGCAAGCGGAGGAUACGCGGACCGGAGUGCAGAAGAUGCAGGAAUUGUGGCAGGUGCUCAGGCGGCCUGGUAGUAUGUACGGCGCGGCGAGAGUGCUGUCUCAUGCGAGCAUCAUACCGAAGGCGCUGUUCUUCACCAGUAUUGUUGCGAGUGGAAACUACCGUGACUGGGAUGAUUUGCAGACGCUGAGGCGGCUGUGGAGCGGGCCGAUUGUGUUGAAGGGCAUUCAAACGGUAGAAGACGCACACCGCGCCAUCUCGCACGGCAUGGACGGCAUCAUCGUGUCCAACCACGGCGGGCGUCAGCUCGACGGCGCCAUCGCCAGCCUCGACGCACUUGCGGAGAUGGGCGCCGACGAGCAGGUCCAGGCGUCGGGCCUGACUGUGCUGUUCGACAGCGGCAUCAGGACUGGCUCCGACGUGCUCAAGGCGAUUGCACUGGGCGCAAAGGCGGUGCUCGUCGGCAGGCCGUAUGUGUACGGACUCGCCAUGGGAGGUGAAGAGGGCGUCCGGCACGUGCUGAACUGCCUGCUUGCCGACACCGACUCGAGUCUUGCUAAUCUGGGGCGAAAGAGCAUUGGGGAGGUCAGCAGGGAGGAUUUGAGGGUGAUUCAGCAGCCCGCGAAGCUGUGA